AUGAUCCUCAACCUUCCUCUGCUUGCUGUCCUGUCGGGCGUUGGGGUCACCUGGGCCGCCUCGUCGUCCAAUUGCCUGUCAGGUUCCAGCUUCGACACAUGCUGCUCUGAUCGAGACGCUGUGGGCAAGGGCACUGUUGAUGGUGUCGUCAUGAAUUAUGCCUGUGGAACCUAUGCUAAAGAUGAGACGUUGGGUUUUGGAACGACGCACAAGGGCGUCGCCAAUGCCAAGGAAUGCGCCGGGCUUUGUGCCAGUGACGCUUCUUGUCAGGGCGGUUUCUGGUCUAAAGUGGGCUCCAAGUGCUAUUUAUUGAAUGGCAGUGGCUACAAGACAUAUCACAACAAAGGCACAUUCUUGCUAUUCGAGAAAACCACCGAGGAUCCAGGGUCUGUCGAUGAAUGCAAGGAUCGGGUCGAGUCCGCCACCUCCCAGUGUAAUACUGAGAAGGAUAAGAUCAAACAACAGGGAGCACAAUUGUUGCAGAAGUGCCAGGAUGAUAAGGACCAAGCUAUUGCACAGGCUGGGUCCAAGUGCGAAACUGAAAAAGAUGCCAUUCGCAAGGAGAAUGCCCAACUGGCGGAGCAGGCCAGCAAGCAGUGUGAGGCUGACAAGAACCAAGCUCUCACACAGGCUGGGUCCAAGUGCGAAACUGAAAAAGAUGCCAUUCGCAAGGAGAAUGCCCAACUGGCAGAGCAGGCCAGCAAGCAAUGCGAGGCUGACAAAGAUCAGCUUCGCCAGAAAGCAGCGACUGCAGCAAGUGAAUACGAAAAGAAAAUAGCAGAUCUCCAGGCACAAUUGACCCAGUGCCAGGCAAACGUGCCCACAGCGAAACCUGUCCCGGCUAUAGAUCCGAAUUGCGAAUCGAACAGCUGGAUGAACAUGUGUUCUAGUUGCUCCCAAGACACAUUCGUUAUCGACGGAAAGGAAUUCAAGAAGAAGUGCGGUGUCCGCACUGUUGGCGCCCGUGAAGAACAAUGGCUGUACCGCGCCUCCCUCAUUGCGUGUAUGAAGGAGUGUGCAACUCGGGGUGAUUGUCUGGGAGUCGGAUGGAGACCUACGGAAGGAAUAAACGGACAUUGCCAUGCCCACAUAAGCAUAGGACGCCCUCUCAGAAACGUGCCUGUCUGGAAUGAGCAUCUUGUCUACAUGCCAGAGAGAGGGACUCCUUACUGA